AGAGUCAUGGUGGACGUGGGAAAGUGGCCCAUCUUCACUCUGCUAUCGCCUCAUGAGAUCGCAUCCAUCCGGAAAGCUUGUGUCUUCGGCACCUCAGCCAACGAAGCGCUCUACGUCACUGACAGCGAUGAGGUCUUUGUAUUUGGACUGAACUACAGUAGCUGUUUAGGAACUGGAGAUAACCACAGUACACUUGUACCCAAAAAGCUGGAAGCCUUAUGUGGAAAGAAGAUUAAGAGCCUUAGUUAUGGGAGUGGACCCCAUGUUCUUCUCAGCACCGAAGACGGAGUUGUGUAUGCCUGGGGCCACAAUGGCUACAGCCAGCUUGGGAAUGGGACGACCAACCAAGGCCUGGCACCCAUCCAGGUCUGCACCAACCUCUUGAUCAAGCAAGUGGUUGAAGUAGCUUGUGGCUCGCAUCAUUCAAUGGCUCUGGCAGCUGAUGGAGAGGUAUUUGCUUGGGGCUAUAACAACUGCGGCCAGGUGGGGUCAGGGUCCACUGCAAAUCAACCAACUCCUCGGAAAGUGACGAACUGUUUACACAUUAAGAGGGUGGUUGGCAUCGCCUGUGGUCAGACCUCGUCCAUGGCUGUUCUGGACAAUGGUGAGGUGUAUGGCUGGGGCUACAACGGCAAUGGUCAGCUCGGCUUGGGAAACAAUGGCAAUCAGCUGACUCCCGUGAGAGUGGCAGCUUUGCACAGUGUGUGUGUCAACCAGAUUGUCUGCGGCUAUGCACAUACUCUAGCACUAACCGAUGAGGGCUUGCUCUAUGCCUGGGGAGCUAACACGUAUGGGCAGCUGGGAACUGGCAAUAAAAAUAACCUGCUAAGCCCAGCACACAUCAUGGUGGAGAAAGAAAGGGUGAUAGAGAUCGCGGCCUGCCACUCGGCGCACACGUCAGCCGCCAAGACGCAGGGCGGCCACGUGUACAUGUGGGGCCAGUGCCGCGGCCAGUCGGUGACCCUGCCGCACCUCACGCACUUAUCCUCCACCGACGACGUGUUCGCCUGCUUCGCCACGCCCGCCGUCACGUGGCGCCUCCUGUCUGUGGAGCAUGAAGACUUUCUAACAGUUGCAGAGUCACUGAAGAAAGAAUUUGACAGUCCAGAAACUGCCGAUCUGAAGUUUCGAAUUGAUGGGAAAUACAUCCAUGUCCAUAAAGCUGUUUUGAAAAUCAGGUGUGAGCACUUUCGAUCCAUGUUCCAGUCUUACUGGAAUGAGGACAUGAAGGAGGUGAUAGAGAUAGACCAGUUCUCCUAUGCUGUGUACCGUGCCUUUCUCCAGUACCUCUACACAGACGCAGUGGACCUGCCCCCUGAGGACGCCAUAGGUCUUCUGGACUUGGCGACAUCCUACUGCGAAAACAGGCUGAAGAAACUUUGUCAGCAUAUCAUCAAGCGAGGAAUCACCGUGGAGAACGCCUUCUCACUGUUCUCUGCUGCGGUCAGAUACGAUGCAGAGGAUUUAGAAGAAUUCUGCUUUAAGUUUUGCAUCAAUCAUUUGACAGAAGUCACACAGACUGCAGCAUUUUGGCAAAUGGAUGGCCCUCUCCUAAAGGAAUUCAUUGCUAAAGCCAGUAAAUGUGGAGCCUUUAAGAACUGAAGCCCAAGACUGCUGGGUUUUGUGUGAGUGCUCUGGGGCUGGUGAAGGCGUGUCGUUUGUGCUCUAUGAGGGAUGUAAUUCUGCAGGUAAAAAAUAACAAACCAUCACAUGUCGUGCUCACAUUGGGAUACAGUUCUCUGUGUAGGGAUAUGUGAAGAGUGCAUGGCUCUUCCUGUACCCAUUUUAAACUAUUUCCAGAUGUGUGUAUUUUGAAUGUGACCUUAACAUUUGGCUGGGACAUUGUAAAGGGGUGAAAGUUUUGCUGGUUGGUUGUUUUUUUGUUUUUGUUUGUUUUUGAUUAGAGGAACUUCUAAAGUUGGAAAGUGGACGUUUGUGGCAACUCUCCUGGCUCAUGUAUCAGCAGCCCUUUUGCUCCCAGGAGUUGGGAUAGUGCACGAAUUGUGAGACCUGUAGAGGCCCCCCCCACCCCCCCCCAGAAUGAAAGGUGCUGACUUGGGACUUGGCUGAAGAGCUGCAUUAGUUGCCAGGUCUGUAGCCUCACUUUGAAGGGAUAGUUAAGAUCGUUUGAGGUUUUGUUUGUGUUUUUGCAUCAUUGAUGACUUUUUUUAACUUCAAAGUGAUAUUCAAUUUAAUAUAAACCUAUUGAAAUGGUAAUUACACGAAGACGAAUUUCUCGGUUAGUCAGGGUUUCUCUUAAGGCUUAAGUACAUGCAAGAGUAGUAAUGUAGAACUAUAUGAAAAAUUAAUAAUGGAAGAAACUUCACUUGGGUGAAGGUGAAUAUUUUAUAAAUCAGAGUCUCCUAAACACUUCUAACAGUGUUUUAUUAAGGUUAAAUUUGAGAACCCAAAUUUAAAUGCCCCCACCUUUUCCCCUAUAAAUGCUAAUCAUGUAAGAGGAUAAUAGUGAUAUAUUCAUCAUUCUCUUGCUUCCUUAAUCAUGGUUGCUGAAUCAUCAGAUUUGCUAUGUCUGACUCAAAUAAGUAGUUCUUAAACCCAAGUUUCUUACAGGACUUAACAGAGUUUGUUUUGAUUGGUUUUUAUCUGUGCCAAAUACCACCAUACAUUUUGCUUAUUUGAAAUUUCACCAGCUUUCACAUUUGACUUUCCUUUUGGUUGUGUUAGGUAUAAUAUUUAGCACAACUUGACUUUGAAGAAGGAUCUAAAUUAGGGGGCGGGUGGUCUGGUUAUGAAAUGUGGCUCUGGGAGUAAGAGUGUUCAGUGUGUGUCUUUGAAGCUUGCUUCAUGUGUGUCUGUGGAGCUUGCUUGGAGAGCAAGGCUUUGUUUUUCUCUCUGGCCAACAGAUUCAUUUCUCUCUGUGGAAGCUCCCCUGGUGAACUGUUUGCUGUUUGGAAGCUCUCCCAUCUGAAUUGAGACUAGAUACAUUUUCAGGCUGAAAUGAACAAGAGGGUGAAGAGAUGCUGCAGCUACUGUUUUUAGCAAAGUUUCUGUGUGUGUGUUGGCGGGGGAGGGCUCAAAGAUGGAAAUUCAUUGAUGGGGGCAAUAAACACAAGCCCAGAAAUCCCAGCCCCCUUUCCUUGACCGUGUUGCAAGUGAUCAAAGCCCAGUGAGUUACUACAUUAGGAUUAUUACUGCAGCAUGAUAGAAUUUUCUUACUAGGUUGAGAAAUGUACAUUAAUUUGAUUAUUAGCCAUGAUGGGUAGUAUUUAUAACAGUCACUGUCAUAGGUUAUGAUCCGGGCAAAGCAAGAACUUCAGUGUGUUUACUAUUGCUCUUACUUGAAAAAAAAAAACACUUUAACAAAAGCACAAAUUAACGUAGUAUAUCCAUUUCCAUAGAUAGUUCAUUCAUUCAACAAAUAUUUGCCGAGUUCCUAAUAGGUGAAGAACCAAUUCUCAGAUUACUGAGUUAUUUGUAUGAGUAUGUAUUCAGUGAAGAGACCAGGAAAAAGUCCUUCAGAAAGUACUUGUGUGUAUGUGUUUUUUUUUAAAUUAUGCUCUCUUAUUUUUCUACCUGGUUUUGUUAAUCACGGCAGGAGACAAAAACUAUUCUUUGAGUUGUUUUCUUCAUCAGACAUAAUUAUGAAAGCCGAAGUAUUUGUAUUUCUUAAAAUAGCCCUAAAAUGUACUCUUGAACUUCUUACUGGAACAUUUGAUACUCUAGUUAUACAGGUUGUAUUUAUGCAGUGUUUAGAGUGACAUGUUAAUAAAUAAAGCAGUCUGUUAAAAUGGG